UACCAUCAUGAUCUGCUGCAUCAUUUACAUCCUUCUGCAAGUCUCCCUCAUAGAGGCUACUGAGACUGGCAUAUUUGGUGGCAGGGAGACAAAGCCCCAUUCCAGACCUUACAUGGUAUCAAUCCAGUAUCAAGAUCAACAUACAUGUGGUGGGAUACUUAUCCGGGAGGACUUUGUUCUAACCGCAGCACACUGCUGCAAAAAGGAGACCUGGGGUACUUACACAGUGGUGCUUGGAGCACAUAAUGUUAGCAAGAAAGAGAAAAAUCAGCAACACAUUGAAGUGGUCAAGUACUACCCUCAUCCGAAAUUCACUGGGAAAUAUAAUUAUGACAUUAUGUUACUUAAGUUAAAAAGGAAUGCCACACUGAAUAAGUAUGUGAAGACCAUUGGACUACCUAGAAAAAAUGGGAAAACACCUGCCAACAUUAAAUGUGUUGUGGCUGGCUGGGGCAAAACUGGAAAAAAUAUGCCUACCUCAGAUACUCUGAAGGAAACCACAGAGAAGAUGCAAUUCAGCCCUGAAUGUAAAAGAAUUUGGCAGCAAUAUUUUAAUUCAGAUCAUAUGAUUUGCACCAAGUUUAGCAAAAAGGAUGGAGGGGUUUGCCAGGGUGACUCUGGUGGACCACUUAUUUGCAACAAGAAGCCUGAAGGUAUAACAGGUUUUACCUUGGCAGACGAUUGUACUAAUACAAAAUAUCCCCAUGUUUACACUAAAGUCAAUUUCUUUAUCGAGUGGAUCAAGAAAACAAUGAAACAAUAGAUGUAUGUUGCAUAAGCCACUAGUCAGAGGCCUUUUGUCACUUACAGAUUACACAUUUAGGUCAAGUAACACAUAUGUUUGAAAAAUGUAUGGUCUUAGUUUUGAAAGAGUUCAAAAGCUGGUGCAUGUGUAAGCAUGUGUUGAGCAUGUAAAAAAAAAAACCACAACACUCGCUUUCUUUCCAAAAAUGCAUAAUAAAAACCUUCCAAUC